AUGUCUCAUUUCCGUUGCCCAAGCUCUUCUUUGGUGGGUGCUGCUGGCUAUUAUGCCUAUCAGCGUCCUUCUAGCACUGCUGACCUUCCACACACAAACCGCGGUGUAUUUGACUCUCCGUACACGAUCAGCAGCACAGCAAUGGGUUCCCUGGACAAGACAGACGACGACAACGAUGGAGCAGGAUCAACUCUCUCAUACUCUUCUUAUUCUUCCUCUUCCUCUUCCUCUUCAACAAUACUUGCAUCAAAACCUACAAUUUCUCUCCAACAUCCAAAUCCCCAUUCACAGCAUCCCCGAAAUCCCCCCAUCAAUACUACAGAAGACAAUGAAGGCCAGCAACGAUGCUGGAUAUGCUUUGGAGAAGACAGUGAUUCUGAGGGUAGGUGGGUAAGACCUUGUCGAUGUUCUCUGGUCUCCCACGAAGAAUGUUUACUAGACUGGAUCACUGAGAAUCAAAAGGAUUCUCCUACCAAGAAAGUUCAUUGCCCUCAAUGUGCCGCGCCCUAUUACCUGUCCGAGGCACGAAAUAUCCCUUUAGCUCUCCUUGGGCUUGUAGAUCAAUGGGUUCACACUGCAGCCCCCUACCUUGCAGUGCUCGGUUUGGGGUGCUCUAUGCUCGUUGUAUCCACAACAUACGGAGCACACACAGUCUUGACACUCAUGGGAGAAAAAGAAGGUGGGAAUUUAAUGGGUCAUCCGUCAACUUGGUCAUGGCGUACCUGGGUGGGAUUACCCAUGAUCCCGGUAUCUUUGGUAGCAUCCCGCUCACGUUGGGCUGACGCAAUUCUUCCGGCGGCAGCAACACUGCUUUUAAGAGCAACAGGAAGUUCUUCCCGUACUCGUUUACGAUGGCCUCCUUCCCCCGCUGUAAUGCUGGGAUUACUACCCUGGGUUAGACUGGUUUAUAACGGAAUACAGGCCUUGGUUCAGCGAAGACUUUCUUUCAGAUUAUCCGACACAACGUACCGACAGCAGCAGCAACAAUCACAUCAAACAACGUCGUCAUCAUUCGUGGCAUUGGUCCAAGGACAGGCGGGAAGGGCGGCCACAAGAACAGGUACAGGCCGUGGGCAAACCAGUGAUUUGGUGGAGCAUGAUGUAAACGAAGUACGGAAUCAAUAUCAAAACAACAACAGAGAAGAUGAUAUAUUUAACGACGAUGGCCCUGGUCUGAGUGUCACAAUAAUUGGUGCUCUGCUGUGGCCUACCAUUAGUAGCAUUAUUGGAAGUUGUUUAUCCCGAUUUAAGCCUGUGCAAAAGUAUUUUCCUGACCCGUUUCAUAGAAACAUACUUGGUGGCUGUUUGUUCGUUGUGGCCAAGGAUAUUGCCAAUCUGGUGUACAAAUAUGAGCGUAUCCGUCAACGUAGAUCUCGCCAUGUGAGGAAUUAUGAUGAGAUAAAGAAAGGUCGUCCAUAAUUAUGAGCUUUUUUUAAAAAAAAUUCAUAUGAGCCUCAUCAAAUACAAAUUCCCUCUUUAUACUUAAACCCUUGUUAACACCCCGGUCCCUGCACUGGUUACAUAAGCAGCGCUUGAUAACCCAGUCUAAACUAUCUCCCACCUCCCACCUCCUACCUCCCAUCUCCCACCCCUUUUUUCUCUCUCUCUCUCUCUUUUUUUUUGCUUGCCACCCGCACACGCAAACCCAACAAUACACCAUCCUUGCUUAAACAAG